AUGGCCGAAGACAAUUCGAGACCUCUACCUUGGUCUUUAAUACCAAAAAGUGACAUCAAGAACUAUGUUCAUCUUGUCAACCUCGACCUCAAAGCACUGAAGAAUUCGCACAAGGAUAAAAAGCACUAUAUAGAUCGGUGCGAGUUUCACGCCAGUAGGGUUGUUUAUCUCGAUAAUGAAGUUUCAAAAAUCAAAUCUCCUUCUGGGCCCGACUUUUGGGAUCAGAACUGCCGCGGCUUGAGCUGUGAGUUAAUUAAAGUGUAUACUGUCAUGUCAGAACUAUGCAAAGAAGACUACGAGUUCCGUCUAAAGCGUCAGCCUGAACUCUUCCAAGGACUAGCUGCUAUGGAUACCCAAGUUAUGGAGAAGCUGCUUGCUGAAUACACUGCCGAGGAAGAUAUUCUAACCAGAUAUAUGCAGAAUUAUGAAAUACCUCUUUUGCCGGAAGGUCCGGUUUACGAGAAAUAUAGGCGAUUGAGAGCACGAGUUGAUCGGAGAUUGGCGGGUCUUGAAAUCAGGAUCCAAGAGCUGAAAGAUGAAAUAAAGACUGGCCAAGCACUCAAAGACUGCAUUGAGUAUGAAAAGGAAUUUGGACAGGGUGCUAAAGAUUUCGUAAUGAUAUGGAUUUUGAAUCGAGCACUUGUGUUUGUGCUUACUCUACAAUGA